AUGUACCGUCGCGUCACGUUUUCGUCCGUCGGACGUCGUCUGCAGCAGCGCAGUAUCUCGAGCUCCGUCUGCCUCCAGUCGGAAAGAGCGCUGCCUCAUUUCCAUGCCAACGAUAAGUGCAGCGAGGCGCUACGUACGCCGAAGACGGUGUCGGUCAUUGGCGCCCCUAUGACGUUCGGCCAGCCUUUGCCCGGCACUGAUGGCGGCCCCAAGCUGAUUCGGGACGCAGGUCUGCUCAAGACGCUCAAGAAAUUGGGCUGGGCCGUGGAUGAAACUGGCAACCUCGAGUACGUCGCGCCGACGAGUGAGGAUCCAGUGCUCGACUCGCAGUACGGCAAAGCGAAGAAUUGCUUCGCUGUUGGCAAUGGGACCAAAAAGCUGUACGAAAUCUACAAGAAAAAGGCAGAAGAAGGGAAGUUCUGUCUAGUACUGGGCGGCGACCACACGAUUGGCGCUGGGUCGCUCGCGGGUUUGCUGUCGGUGCAUUCGAAUGCGGGCGUGAUCUGGGUGGACGCUCAUGCGGACAUCAACACGCCUGCCGGCUCAGGGUCUGGCAACAUGCACGGCAUGCCGGUCUCGUUCCUCAUGGAAGGCAUGGUGGACACGUCCAAACUGCCAGGAUUUGAGUGGAUUGUUGAUGUUCCGAAGAUGAAACCUGAUCAACUGGUGUAUAUCGGUCUGCGGGAUAUUGACGACUUCGAACGUGGCGUUCUUCGUGAAAAGAAAAUCAGGGCGUUCACGAUGCAGGACGUGGAUCGCUACGGGAUUGGCAAGGUCAUGGAAAUGGCUCUUGACCACCUUAGUAGCAAGAAGCACCGUCCGAUUCACGUUAGCUACGACAUUGACGCGGUGGACCCGUUGAUCGCACCUUCCACGGGCACACGCGUGCGUGGUGGACUCACGUGGCGUGAAGCGAAUUAUGUUGCCGAGGCCGUGGCAGAGACCAACCAGAUGGUCGGGCUGGACAUGGUCGAGGUGAACGCGUCGCUAGCUCCGGGUGAUGGUGCCCAGAUCACGGUGGACAUGGCACUCAUGCUCAUUGCAUCGGCGAUGGGCAACCGCAUUCUGUAA